AUGAGGUUGAGAUUUCUUGUAUUGAGCUGCUCGGGAAGAAACGUGUGGUCUCGUAGCUUUGCGUCUCAUGCCGAUGCCAAACCUAAAAUCACGGAUCCAAACUCACGAGUCGUCCCAUUCAAGUUCGACAAGCCGGAAGCACUACAUGCCAUUCAGUUGGAAUUGUCACGAAACAAGGUCAGAUUUCCAAUACGAUUAAAGUCGCUGAAGCCAGUAUAUGUCCCACAUUGGAUGGUAUACCUAAAUGUCAAAUCACGUAUUGUGCGUGCUUUUGGUGCCAAUGGUCGCAAACUUGAGCUGGAUGAUGACACAUGGGGUGGAUCUUUUACACCAGACAACAGAGACUUUCAAAUAUAUGGUGGUCGCAAAUAUCGCAAAAGUCAACUCGAGGCAAUGAAAACGCCAGUAGAGUCUUGGACGUUAUUCAGCCCAUCUGCACUUAAACUCGGAUCUGAUACUGUGUCGGUUGAUGAAUUCAGUAUACCAUUGCAUCUGCUUCACCGUACCGUGCAUAAUAUUGCUCAGCAGGUUGUAGAACGAGAGAUUCUUGCAGCUCUGAAUGCCGUAAAGGUUGAGUUCACAAUCACAGACUUCAAGAUAACCAGUGUCGUGCCCGUGUAUUUGCCAGUAUGGAUUGCAGAUCUGACGUAUCUGUGGACACCUCAAAGAUACUUCACAAGCGGGUUCGAUGGCCAUAUUAGCGGAUUACCUGAUCUUGGAGAGCCUCGUCUCAGUCCUCUCCUAUACCCCAUUGGAGGAGGCUUCGUCUUGGCAGCUGCAACAGCAGCAGUACUCAAUCCAGCUGAAUUCUCGAUAAUGACACGAUACAUUCUCGCAUGGUCUGGAUUUGCUGUAAUUUGCCUGAUGGUUCUGUCACGCGCACUACCUCUAUUUAGCCUGUCAUCGCCAAAGCAAAGGAUACGAGAAGAUGCAUUCGAGAUGCCAUGGGAGGAGCUUUCUCAAAAACAACAAAGGGACGAAGCUGCAUCUAGAGCGAAAUUUGAAACACAAUAUCAACGUGUGCAAGAUUUCCAAAGUAAACAAUCAUGGUGGGAUUCCUAUACGGCCUUCCAGAAAAAGCAUCAGCAUCGUCAGAGACUGCAUCGUGUACAAAGGGAAGAUGCAGAACAGGUACGAGUACGUAAACAUAGAGACUCGAAGGGCUAUUAUAGAGUGUUGGGUAUACCUCCGUACAGCAGUGAUGAUGAUAUAUCGACCGCUUAUCUGGCGAAAGCCCAGGAACUGCAUCCAGACAAGAAUCCAAUGGAUAUUGAGGCUGCUACCAAACGCUUUCAGCUUCUGACUGAAGCUUAUGGGGUGCUGAAGAAAGAAACGAGCCGCAAGGCAUACGAUGCCUCCCAAACGCUAUAA